AUGGCGGUCAACUUGCUUGGUACGACGGAUCUGAAUCCCUUGCAGAGGGCAUUCAACUUGUUCAUCAUGAAUCUCCCUUCCGCGGACUUGAACGACCUUGUGAACUUUGUUAGGGAGUCCGAUGACGCAGAGAGUAUCUUCAGUCAGAAUGAGUUCAUGAGGCAAACGAAUGAGGUUCUUCAAGCACUUUCUACUCGAGAGCACAGUCCGGUAUCCCCUGCAUCUUCCAGUGGGAGCACUCGCUCAAACCGUGGCAAGAAGAUAACCGACCGGAAGUUACGUCCUCUCAAUAGUUUCAUUGCAUAUCGAAGCUUUUACUCUACAAUGUUCACAGAGAUGACCCAGAAAGCCAAAUCCGGCAUCAUUAGAUACCUUUGGCAGGCUGACCCGUACAAAGGCAAAUGGGCUAUCUUAGCGAAGGCUUACUCUAUCUUGCGUGACGAUCACAGUAGCGAUGUUUCUCUUGAUACGUUCCUGGAAUUGACCGUUCCUUUAAUUGGUCUCAUCCAGCCUGGGGAGUAUCUGGGCGCUAUGGGUUGCGAGAUCGUAAUGACCGACGAACAGCACUUCCGCAUCCAGAAUAUUUCUCCAUCGAGACCUGAGCUGUCCGACUCUGCGACUAACUACUCUGUUAACGACAUCGUCAACUACUGCUAUGAGCGUGGCUAUGUUGAGAAUGUUAAAUCCACUCAGGAAUCUGGAAACGCCUCUCAGGUCCUUUUCGUCGCCCAGCCUAAUACCAAUAUCCAAACCGACCAAGGCGUUAUCGAUUUAGAUAACGUCAACCGUGUGAUCGAAAUCAGCGACAAUCUUCCACCUGAAGAGGUGGAGGAAAAUCUCAGAAUCAGCGCUUUACUCGACAUCCACGAACCAACCAAAACUCAAGAUGACUUGGUUACAGACAUCGACAAGGCGGUCCUUGAUCUACAGGAGUACAAUAAUGGAGACCCGGACUUCUAUGCCCCUUUCAAUCCCGCAGUCCAGACUUUCCCAAUCUAUGAUCCUAUGGCACAUGAUCCAUUUAAUGCAUACGAUAUCAACGAAAUGCGUUUCUAA